AUGAAGCUGCUUCACAGAGACAUUGAAAAAGACAACGCCGGUCAGGUGACGCUCAUUCCAGAGGAAGCAGAGGACAUGUGGCACACCUACAACCUACUUCAACAGGGAGACAGUCUGAGAGCUUCUACCAUAAGAAAAGUACAGACAGAAUCCACUACUGGGAGCGUGGGCAGCUCCAGAGUUCGGACCACCUUGACGUUAUGCGUGGAGACCAUUGACUUUGACACGCAGGCCUGCCAGCUGAGAGUAAAGGGCACCAAUAUCGAGGAGAACCAGUAUGUGAAGAUGGGGGCUUACCACACCAUCGAGCUGGAGCUCAACCGAAAAUUCACCCUGGCCAAAAAGAGUUGGGACAGCGUGGUCUUGGCCCGAAUCGACGAGGCAUGCGACGCCACGCAGAAGGCCGACGUGGCGGCGGUGGUGAUGCAGGAGGGCCUGGCCAACCUGGUGCUGGUGACUCCCGCCAUGACGCUUCUCCGCGCCAAAGUGGAGCUCACCAUUCCCCGCAAGCGGAGGGGGAGCUGCACGCAACACGAAAAGGCUCUCGAGAGGUUCUACGAAGCCGUCAUGCAGGCCAUACUUCGCCACAUUAAUUUUGACGUGGUCAAGUGCAUCCUGGUGGCCAGCCCGGGCUUCGUGAAGGAUCAGUUCAUGACGUAUCUCUUCAAAGAGGCCGUGCGGCAAGACAACAAGCUGCUGCUGGAGAACAGACCCAAGUUUAUGAUGGUCCAUUCGUCGUCGGGUCAUAAGUACUCGCUUAAAGAAAUCCUCUCCGAUCCUACUGUGACGAACAGGCUGUCCGAUACGAAGGCUGCAGGAGAAGUGAAAGCCUUAGAGGAUUUCUACAAAAUGCUGCAACACGAGCCCGAUAGAGCUUUUUACGGACUGGCUCACGUGGAGAGAGCGGCAGAAGCCCUCGCCGUCGACACUUUGUUGGUCAGCGAUAAGCUCUUCAGGCAUCAAGACGUGCCCACAAGGGCGCGCUACGUUCGCUUGGUGGACAAAGUGAGAGACAGCGGUGGAAAUGUCAGAAUAUUUUCAAGUCUUCACGUAUCAGGGGAACAACUGACUCAACUGAGCGGAGUGGCGGCCAUCUUGAGGUUUCCAAUUGCCGACGUUUCCGAAGGCGAAGAUGACAGUAGCUCGGAUGACGACUGA